CGCAGCAGUAGACAAAAUAAUGUUUACAAGUUGAAGACCCAGUUGAUCUUUCAUCUUUUCAACCGAUCAGAGUAACGUUAUGUUACUUUAAUUCAGUCUAAGGUAAACCGUAAGGAUAAACCCUCAAAAUGACGGAGUAUAAAGGAGCAGCAAGUGAGGCUGGUCGUGUUCGUCAGUUGAUGAUGAAAAGAGAAAAGCAACUUGAGGCUCUAGAAAAAAGAAAACAGAGAAUUGAACAGGAUAACUUCGGCAAAGUAGAGACUAUUAGUGCCAAAUUUUCAGCCCACUACGAUGCUGUAGAACAACAACUCAAGAGCAGUACCAUUGGUCUGGUGACGUUAGAUCAGAUGAAAGCAAAGAGAGACAUUCUGGUCAAAGAGCAUGAAAAGGAAUUAGCAAAGGCGUUUAAUAAUCAGGAGAAGUUAGAGAAAGAGAAGAAAGCUCUGAAGAAGAAGAAAUUGAAACUUUCAGGAACGCUGUCCUUCAAUCUGGAUGAAGAUGGUGAAGAAGACAGUGAUGAAGAAAUUGAAACGGCCCCGGUUGUAAAGAAGAAGAAACUAGGCAAGAACCCUGAUGUAGACACAAGCUUCCUUCCAGACAGAGAGAGAGAGGAAGAGGAAAGUAAGGAGAGGGAGAAGUUGAGACAGGAGUGGCAGGAGAGACAGAGUAGAAUCAAGAGUGAUGAGAUUGAGAUAACCUACAGUUACUGGGAUGGAUCAGGCCACAGACGGAGUGUCAAAAUGAAGAAAGGAGACACAAUCCAAAGAUUUCUGCAGCGAUGUCUUGAAACACUCAAGAAAGAUUUCCACGAACUAAAGGCGGUCACAGUGGAGCAGAUGAUGUACAUCAAAGAGGAUUUGAUUAUACCGCAUCAUCAUAGUUUCUACGAUUUCAUCGUCACAAAAGCUAGAGGAAAGAGCGGUCCUCUCUUCAGUUUUGACGUUCAUGAUGAUAUCAGGAUAACCAACGAUGCCAGUGUUGAGAAAGAUGAGUCUCAUGCAGGCAAGGUGGUCUUAAGGAGUUGGUUUGAGAGGAAUAAACACAUCUUUCCUGCCAGUCGCUGGGAGCCGUACGACCCAGAGAAGAAGUGGGAUAAAUACACGAUAAAGUAAAUCAAAGUUCUUCAAGGGUUUGAGUCAACAUGCAUCAUGAUCUCGCUGAUCAGCAAAACUGGAUAGCAGGAACAUUAAUAGUUCUUAUAAAGUGCUGUAUCACACCCAACAGCAUCUAGCAAUGCUCCCAACAAAUAUGAAGCGCAUAUUCGAAUUAUAAGACCUAUUUGUACAGCACACUUUGUUUCUUGUAUACUCGGGUUAUUAUAAUACCAUUUUAGUAGCAACAAAUGACUUGAGUUUACAGAGUAUCGUUAUCGCUUCCCAAGAAAAUUACUACCUGACUUCAAUUUGUUUGGGUUUGGUAACAGCUUCUACUCCAGAAGACGAUCAGAGCAUACUGAUCAAAGCGUCAAGUUGAAACCAACGGUUCUUUUUAGAACCAUCCCAACUAAUUUAAAGAUAGUCAUUGCAUGGUGUCACCGCAAACCUUUUCAUAUCAUAUAGCCACACAUAUCUUUAUAGAAAGAAGUGCAGGUUUCUUUUGUGUAAGCUUUACUUUUGACAGGGUUUGCCUGUACAUUUUUCAGUGACUAGCUAGGGGAUCGGUUAACUUGUCAUUAAGUAGCCCACUAGUUUUUAUCACUGGUUUAUCUUUCAUAGAUAGGGAUUCUUUUCAACACUAGUCAAUCGGACAACUUGGACCAAAUUUUGACUUGUUCAGAGGUAUAUAAACUAGCAAUAGCAUUUGGCCAGCAGAAAAUGCCAGCUGAAGUAAAUGAGAAAUAUGUAAACAUAUGUUAAAGCUGGAAUUACAUUGGAAACCCAGUUAUUUAUCAUUGUAUGUUUAUCGUCUGAACCAAGGCCAGGGGUGGAUUUCACAAAGUUAGAACUAGUCUUACCUCGAGUUAGGACCAGUUACUCGUCCUAACUUGGGUCUAUCCAUGCAAUUUGUAUAUCUCCUAACUCCUUUAUGAAAUCGACCCGUGGAAUCACAUGGAGGCAAUGGGCCUCAGUUGCCCUGGUCUUGUCGUUGGUGCCCCUUAAUAGUUACAGAUAGACGUUCAAUGGAAGUGCCUGUUGCAAAGUAAAAAUAGCCUCGCUUCUUCUUCCAAGAUGAAAUUUCAGGCCUGGCCAAAUCCCAUUUUUAUUAGUCAUGGUAACUCGUUAUGGUACUUCUAGAGCCAAAAUUGGGAGUUUGUUUUAUUAUUGGGUCAUUUGGUACAGAACAGUAUUUGUCAUUAAAUGUUAAUACAAUAUAUCCUUCAUCUACUGUAAAUUUAUUUCAAUAUCAGUGUAGUGUAAUCCAACCAGCCUUGUACUGUGGCUGCCCCAAAGAAAAAUACACAAUAGCAUACUUCCAGUUUCUUGUUUUGGUAGUCAAUGACCCUGUGCGUUAUACUGUGUAGUGCAAAUUAUAUGCUCUCGACAUACAAAAAGAUCGGCCUCCAACUGAGAAAUACCACCACCCCUGACCCCCUCCACGAAAAUCUUUGAAGUGUAAGGGUAUUUCACAGGUAAGGUGAAAACGAGCAUACGUGUCAGCCCCAUCUCAGUAAAGGGUAGGCUAGCUUGAACAUUAUGACAUCGGUCACACUUCAAGGCUCGUGAAUGAUGCCAGAGAUCUGCCUUGAACCUACAUACAUAAUCACCUUUGACCCGCAUUCAUUUACAUGGCUUUCAUGGUUUUGGAGAUUCAAAUCCAACAUACAUGAGUAUACAUAAGAAACCAAUACCUUGGGGAUAAAGACAGGAGACCAAUUUAAGGAUAGGCUUCCCUUUGACCUCAUCGGGGGCGCUGUUUGAGCACGGGACUUGAUAUCCAAGUGGGACAUUUUCUAAACCACAACUUUGGUCUGAGCUCCAGCUUUGGCUCCAUUAGUUAUUUGUAAAAAUGUGCUUUUGUUUGUGCCACAAAUCGGAGCCUAAUAAAGCCAAGGUCCAAACCUAAGUUUUCCCCUUGAACCAAAACUUCUCUAAAUAACACAAAUAUCCGACUAAAACCUGUCAAUGAAUCCCAUCUGUUUAAUCAACUGUUACUCACUGGAUGACUUACGGUAAUAAAUACACGAACUUAUAGAAAUUUAAAAUUAACGCGGUUUUGUUUUUUUCAACCGCCAGAUUGACGGUUCCCUAACAUUUAAACACAAACUCGUGACGCUAAAAAUAAAACAAGCUUUCCUACUCAUCUACUCAAUAAUGGCCGGAAAUAACAGACUACAAAUAUAUUACAAUUCAUGUUUAUAUAACGACAGGACGCUGUUAAUUCUCCUAACAUACCAAAUAUUAUUAAAAAUGAAUAUAGCGAACAAAAUAAAGAGAACUUUAGAAUGAAGACAGUCAAACUCUUAAAAAUGUCAAGAAAAAAAUGAACCUGGAUCGUAACAAAAUGGUGGAAGAUUGCCGCAUCUAAUAGGAGGAGUUUGUGAUGCACAAAAGUGGCUCAGCACAAAUAAACUAAUACAUUUUCCACUUCAGUUCUCUAGGAGCUUUUCCCAACAAAAGGAUUUGCCGCUUUGUAGAUUUGUUCUUAUAAAAGUUAUGAAGUUGGGCCCAGAUAUACCAAGUAAAUUUCCAUGGUUUAAAAUAACCCUGUGUUAGUUAACAUUUUCAAGAACAAAAUAUUUCUUGUUGCCCUCCAAAAUGUCUUUGUGCUGGUUUGAAAGGAUCAUCAAAAUGACCCAAUUCACCCGACCACAACAAAUCUUUGAUGCACAAUUUUGGGACUGGGUUUCCCUUGUACACAACUUAACUUACAUGUAGUUUGCCGGCAUACCAUACACACACAGACAGUGGCUGCGUGAGGUUUAACACAAAUGAUCUAUACAAAGCAGGCAAGCUUUUGAAAUUUGCAUCAAUUCAAUAAUUUUGUUCCUCAUGGGGGUAUUUCCUCAAGAUGGCGGUAGUAUAAGUGGAAAUAUCGCCCAAACUGCUUGGUGCUUGUACAAACUGUACAAUCCAUUUAACAUUUUGAAUAACAAUAGCAAUACUACUAUGCACUUCUGAAAGAGUUCCUUUAACCAAUUAGUCAGUUCAUUUUAAGAUAACUAUACCACAAAUUCCUUUCCACAUGGAACAGAGAAAAUAUUUUCUGAAUAGUAAUAAAGCAGAGCUUACACUUUGCAGUUAACCAGUCACAGCCAACACCUGCUACAAGGCAUUCUGAUUGGUAACCCAGUCCUGCUAAGCAAGACUGAUCUAAUGUUGCUAAAUAGCAGUUAAAAUGAUAUAUAUAAAUCUUGGACCCUGGAUAGUUUUCCAGAAGGCUUGCACUCAAUUAAA